CAGAGAGAGAACAGAGAGAAUAACAGGGCAGAGGAGGAGGGAGCGCUCGUUUUCCCUCCUCUCCCUCCGUCGAGCUUCAUAAACCUAUACCAGCCCUGUGAGGAGGAGGAGGAGGAGGAGGAGGAGGAGAGGGGGCAGUCUUGUCCUUCGUCCAGCCUGGACCGUACAGAGACUUCAGUCUGCAGACGUUCACACAGAGACCAGACACAGAGACCAGACGGAGGCCAGCAGCAUGAACGACAUUAAACUGGCUCUGCUGGGGAGUCAGGGGGCUGGGAAAUCAGCUGUCCUCGUACGCUUCCUGACCAGACGCUUCAUCGGUGAAUAUGCCUCUAAUGCCAACUCUCUGUACCAUAAAAGGCUGUCGAUUGACGGCAGGCAGCUGAAUCUGGAGGUGUUUGACCCCUGCUCUCAGAGCUCAGAGGCCAGGUGUAUCCUGGAGGAGCCGGUGGACUGGGCAGAUGGCUUCGUGGUGGUGUACAACAUCAGCGACCGCACUUCCUUCAUCAACGCCAAGAACAUCCUGCAGCAGAUCAAAGAGGCGCGCAUGGACAACUGCAAAGGGGAGACGGAGGUUCCUGUGUGUCUGGUGGGAAACAAACAGGACCUGUGUCAUGCCCGACAGGUCCGCGAGGACGAGGGCCGCAGCCUGGCUCAGGAGAACCACUGUCACUUCCAGGAGGUGUCCGCUGCCGAGAGCUACCAGGACAUCGCCAACCUCUUCACCCAACUCAUCCGACAGGUGAUGGAGCACCUCAAGUACAGAGCAGACCGCCGGCGCUACAGCGGCUCCAAGUCCAUGGCCAAGCUCAUCAACAAUGUGUUUGGGAAGAGGAGGAAGUCUGUGUGACGUCCCAGUGAGGUCAGCUGGACGGACUGGGAUUACUGCAUCUGGAGCCCAGUUAAAGGAAACUGGUCCAGAGGUCUGAAACUGUUUUAGUUUGUCAGUCUGAACAGUGAUGUCACGUUCACACUGAGAGCAAAAUAAGCGGACGGUGGGACGGAUCUGAUGGGGUCAAAAUUUACAGACAAAUAUUUGUCUUUUCCACAUCUUUGGUUUUUUGUUGCUCUGGUUUCGCCCUCAACAUUUUUCUCUACUUUGAGUUUACAGAGAUAUUUAGAAAGGACUCAUGAUGUUGUGAUCAAAACAAAUCAGGUUAUUGUUGACGAGAGGGAGCGGUUCCCAGUCUGAGGGGACCCUGAGAAGAGGUCACAGCAGAAUGCUCUCCGUUCUCAUCCCCAGAUGAACAAAUACCAACACUUUGAUAUCGACACCAAAGACACCCUUUAGCAUUUUUAUAAAACAUAUGACUGACAUUUGAAAACUUGACGCGGAGAGCAAAUCCCAGCUGGCACCGGACGUCACUGUGACGUCAGAAAGACGUUGGACUCUUUCGUUGGACAGAUGAUAAAAUUUGGUUGAAAUGUAAAUCAGGUUGAUGAUAUUUAAGUUAUUGAAUAACUUUAGAAUUUCACGUUAUGUGGAUGUUUGGUUUUGUUCUUCACACCUUACGACUAAAUGUCGUUCUUAUACGUCAAGAUGACGUCGGCAUGAGACGUUUGGAAGAUGCUGGAUUUUGGCUAUGUAACAACACAAAACAACAAAAUGUCAGCGUCAACUGUCAUCAGUGUUCUACGUCAUAUUGAUGUUGGCAUUAGUCGUCCUGACAUUGAACUUGACAUUACAACCUAAAGCUAACCACAUAUCAGCAUCUAACGAUGUUGGUGUCCAGCUGGGUGAUGACGUGUAAAGAGUGAGAAAGUCUGCGUCAGUGGACAGGUCAAACAAAACAAGACUUUCACUCAGGAGACCUCAGUUUGUGUCCCACAUGAAACUAAAAAUCAGUGUUGUUUUAACGUAUUGUUAUGUAACAAAUGUCCAUGUUUUAACCCAGAUGUGAUCUUUUAUGGUCUUUUUCCUAACCAAGUAGUUUUGUUGCCUCAGCGUCUCACAAAAUUAACCUCAUGUUACCAAGUGCUUCAGCUGUGCCUCACACAGAGAUGGCAUCCUGUGUGAUGUCAUGCAUGGUGUCCUCACACAACACUUUAACUUUAACCAUAUUCUUUAAUGAGAGCUCUGCUCAGGUUGAAGUUUGGUGGAGUGACGCUGGUAAUUACAUCGUGUCAUUAAAUUACAUGCACCAAUAAGAGAAAGAGAAAAAGCUGAAUCAAAGCUGUGAAGCUGGGAAGUGUCAGUUAACUCAAGUGUACCUCGGGUGUGUGUGGCCUUUAUAACACAUGCUACACUUUUUAAAUACAAGCAAAUAUUUUCAAAACUGUGACCUAAAACUGUCAAAAUGAAAUCUCUAAAAAUAUCAGAAUAUCAGAUAUGAACCAUGUAACGUAUCAGUGCCAAAGAUGACAGCUGACACAGCUGAGCAGGAUAAUAAAUCUUACCGCUGAGGUCUGAAACAGUUUCUAUCUGACUGGGUCAUCGCUGUAGUUUUACACAUGAAACCUCAGACUGGUUUCAGACUGGGAAGUUGUGACUGGCUGUAAUCAGUUUCUCCUCCGUCCUUGACGAUCAGAUAGUGACAUGUUUCCUUUAAUCAUCCCAGUCAGUGGUUUAAGUUAUUGGAUGUCAGUUUAUGUUCAUUUUGUGUUUUUUCGUUCAUCACCUCUUACCGUCAACAAACCAAGUGACCGGACGUUAAAUACAAGAGAAGUUUCCUUUCAGUCCGGAGCUGCGUUGACUCUGUGAGUCUUCAGCACCACAUUUCAAAGCUCUGUCCAUUUAGACGAACAGUAGAGACAUUUUACUGUUUUGUCUUUAUUUUACUUUCUGAUGCUUUUGAUGACAUACAGACGGCAAGCUGCGUCAACAUGCGUAAACAUGGCGCCCACUGCCCAGCUAAUGUUAGCCGUGGACACUGUGCACUGCACCUGAGUCCAACACGUUCUCAUCAAAUACAGCCGCUUUGUCAGUGGGCACACAUGUCAAGAUAUAUGAGAUAUAAAAGAUGUGACCCACUGCGUCUUGUUUUGCCACAGUGUUUGUUUAUAUUCAGUUCCUGUUGAUUAUAAUCUGUUAUACUCUCUGUUAUAUGUUACUCAUGACUAAAUGUAUCAUUCACAUUAAUCUGUCUGAUCAUGUCUGUAAGCAUCUCAUCUGAUAUAUAUGUGUGUGUGUACAUAUUAAAUGUGACUGUAUUUAUUUGGUGACUGAAGAAACAUCUUGACUUUAUAAACCUUAUAUUUUUGAAUAAAAACACAGACACACACAGAUGAAGGACGUGAACUGAUGUGAUGCUGUUGUUCCUCUCUGAUCCUGUUACGUCACCACGACGCUGCAGAGACACAACGAACCACCCAUGCUGAACAUUAAGUUUCUGUACGCAGUGUUUUGUAGACGAAUGUUCCUCCUGUAAAUGCUGUAAAAACAGAACGUUCCAGAGGAAAUUAAAGUCAAACAUUGUUUAAUAAGAAGCUGCUGCUUUCACUUUGAGCUCAGCUUUAAUUAGACGACCGUGAGAGGAAACAUUUCUCUAAAGCCUUCCAGGAAUUUCCUGUGGAGCUGCUAAAAAUAAACUGGUCUGAAGGCAGAAGUGAGAAAUGCACCGUUAAUGUGCUGAACUGUGUCCUCUGAGACAAAGACAUGUCCCUGAUAGAUCCACCAGAGGGCAGCACAGACACCAGAAUCAUUGAAUGACUUCAGUCCAACAGUCCUGCAGCUCAGGAGGCUGCAACACAGGACACCAGGGGUUUGUCCCCACAGCGCCACCUACUGAACUGAAGGAACACAAAGGUGCAAACAAGACUGUGUUACAACCAAAUAGUUUCUGCCAGGUAGUCACGGCUUUAAAGACUUUUUCCAUCAAAUACUGCUUUGCCUUGUGAUUCAGCUCGGUCUAGGUACCAUGUCUGAAGGGUCACUGCUGGUUCCAAAGGUACUGUACUGAAAGGGUUUGGUGGAGAUGAGGCUUUAUUAUAUGCACUGUUUUAGGAUAAUAUGCCUUUAAUCUGAAACAACUACUGUCUGAGGUCUAGAAAAAAACUGCUGAU